AUGUCUUACAAUCGGCUGCUGACGUCAUUAGUAAAUUUGAGAUUCAGUUUUCUAGAAAUACUUGAUCUCUCCCAUACAAGUUUGUUUUAUCUGAACAACUCAGUGUUUGCUGAAUUACCAAGAUUGAAACACCUCAACUUGAGUCACACUUUGAUUUCCGAUUUUAGCAGUCAAUAUUUCAGCCCAAAACUGACACUGCAGACAUUAGAUUUACGAGGUAUUCUUACACAAGAUCUCGACGACUAUUUAUUUUAUAAUCUCACAAUUAGCCAGGCGUUGUAUUCUGAUCUUUUCCAGAUUUGCUGUCCACAGAUUCAAGGAUUAGUUAUUUCACCUCGUGCGUGCUUUGCUCCUGCAGACAUAGACGCCAUUUCCUCAUGUUCUAAUCUGCUAGGAUUUGAUAUUCAGCGAUUUCUUCUCUGGAUUGUUGCAACACUCGCAGUUCUGGGAAAUGUGACGGUCAUUGUGUAUCGUGUGAUCUGGGAUAGGUCAGUUCUCCAGACAGGAUACGGUCUGUUUGUGACCAACUUGGGUAUAUCUGACUUCAUCAUGGGAGUCUAUCUGUUGAUGAUUGCCGGAGCUGAUUCUUUCUACCGUGACAGCUACGUUCUCUAUGACAAGAGCUGGAGGAACAGUGUUGUCUGCAAGAUGGCUGGUUUUAUGGCCUGUCUCUCGUGUGAAGCAUCGACGUUCUUUGUUUUUCUGAUCACUCUCGACAGAUUUUUGGUGAUGAAGUUUCCAUUCGGUCAAGUAAAGUUUAGGGGCUCUCACAAAACUAUCGCAGUUGUUAUGUCUUGGGUGGUCAGCUUUUUACUUUCGCUGGUUCCCAUUGUGUUGAACUUUGACAUUUAUUCUUCCAACGCAAUGUGUCUUGGCUUGUCCUUAACAAACACACAUGCUAAAGGUUGGGAGUAUUCAGUCGCAGUUUUUAUAAUUUUUAACUUGAUCAUGUUUUUGUUUAUUUCGUGUGGUCAAUAUGCGAUCUUCCGUGCCAUGGCAGAGAACCGAAUAUCUAAGACAGCAACUAGCAUACCUUCUUCACGACGAGCUGAAGAUAUAACGGUAGCCAAACAACUGUCUCUUGUAGUUCUGUCUAAUUUUCUCUUCUGGUUUCCUGUGGGAAUCAUGGGACUGAUGUCUCUUGGAGGUCAUGAGGUCAGCAGUGAGGUUUAUGCCUGGACAACGGUUCUCCUUUUGCCCAUCAACUCCGCUGCAAACCCAGUUUUGUAUACAAUACCUGCCCUACUGAAGAAUUGGAAAAAGUUCAAACAUGGGGAUCAAAUGACACUUUCAGCCUCUGCGUAG